AUGCUGCAACGACUACAGAAGGCGUUCGGCGGCGGGGCGUCUGUUGAAGAGGUGAAAGCACUUGAGUCGCCUACCACCAACCCUUUGUGCACGGAGGUGCAGGGCAGCAGCUCAUCCUUGCAGAGCAGUUCCGGGAAACGUGCCGCCGAACAAGUACGCGAUGUCGCGGAUUUGGUCAAUGGCGAGCAAAUUGACCAGUGGAAAAUUUCGAGCUUUAUUGGCGAAGGCGCUUAUGGAUGCGUUUACAAGGUCAUUCACUAA